GGAAGAUUGGAACGUUGAUGGGCUUCUAACGGGCUUGCUCACCCUACGCGCUCAGGUGACAAAGGCUUCACAGUCCCCGUCCUCGCCGGAGCGCAUCCGCCAUUCCGCCACUUUGAUUCCACCUCAGUACGUCACCCGCCGUCCUCGCAGCGCCAGCUCGACCCUCCACUGUAAUCUGCCAUAGAAGAUGGACUCGAAGAAGGUGUUUACUGCUGGUAGUCUGACUGAUGAUAUAGUGGUGGAAAUCCUCUCUCGGGUGCCGUACAAGUCUUUCUGCCGCUUCAAAUGUGUCUCGAAGGCAUGGCUUGCCUUCUCCUCUGAUCCACACUACUGUGAGAAACUGCCAAAGAUUCCCACUGGUCUUUUUCACAAAGGCAAAGACGGGUCUGCUGUCCAGCUUCUUAGCCUGUCCCCAAAUGAUGAGGGAAUUGAUGGAGCUCUUACAUUCUUGCCGCACCAUGAGCAUUUGGAAUUUGUGGACUGUUGCAAUGGCCUAGUUCUCUGUAAGUACAAGAGCAGCUAUACUUCUCCAGAUAUUUGCCGCUUCAUCGUGUGCAACCCGGCAACACGAGAGUGGAGGACGCUUCCUGAUACCCAUCCUAACCCAUAUGGUCCAGGUGGCUCCUUGUAUACAACUCUUUUGGCCUUUGAUCUAUCAUGGUCGUCGCAGUUCUAUGUCUUCAACUUUGUGAAGAGGUACCACGAUUAUUUGCCACUUGGUGUUAGGGAACUUGAAGUGUUCUCCUCUGAGAUAUCCAUGUGGCUUGUGGAUGCUAAAUGGAGUUCUUGUAUACAGGUUCGUAAAUCUCGUGCCUUUAUAGGUGGAGUGUUGUAUGUGCAGACAUACAGCCGUGAGACUCUGGUGUUCAAGGGCUUGGAGGCAAUGAUUUCAGGCAUACCGCCCCAUCAUUUCACUAUCAAGAUGCAGCAUGACCCUUGGAGACUUGCGAAUGGUUGCUUUGGCCAAUCAUCGGGGUUCUUGCAGUGUGCAUUUCCAGAGGAGAGUGGUGAUACGGUUGCAGUUUUCAAUCUUGAUAGCUGUCAUCCUUACAAGUGGUCUUUGAAGCAUCGCCUUAGCGCGAGGGACGUAUUCGGAAAGGAUGACCUUGUUCGCAGUUAUGGAAGCUUCUUACGUUGGAUAUCCACGUGGCUUUUAACGAAAACAAAUGGAAUCAAUGGAUUAAUCUUUGUCAACGGCUAAUGAUGGUUAUUCGGCGUGCGGCGUACUGGAUCCAACAAUGGGCUUUCCUUCUUCCGGAGGAUCAGCGGGAGACUAUGGAUAUUGGGUGCAACCGUCUGCUAACGGUUACUCAGGACUUCUUUUUCCAGGCUACUGGGUGGCGACACACUAGUAGGAUACAAAAUGGAUAAUUCUGUGUUUUUAUUCAUUUUCCGAUGGUUGAUACUUGUCUCAACCAUCUCUGAUCCGUGGUGUAAACUUCUGAAUAUUUUUGAGCCAUUCAAAUAAAUGAAAAGCCGUGUGCAUCACAUUGAUGCAG